AUGGUUUUUGGUUCAUCUUCUACUGCAAUGGCUGAUAGAGUUUCAUUGUACUGUGCUUUGUUAUUAGCAGUUUUGUUGGUUAUGAGCUGCUGCGAAUCAAGGGAGAGCGAAAUCGCGCCACCAAAACACAUCAACAAUCACAAGAUUUGUGAUGAAAUUUAUGUUGUUCGCGAAGGCGAAACGCUGCAAACAAUCAGUGAAAGGUGUGGUGAUCCUUAUAUUGUUGAAGAGAAUCCUCAUAUUCAUGAUCUUGAUGAUAUUUACCCUGGUUUAGUCAUCAAGGUAACUCCAUUCAGGGAUAGGUACUAA